GGUUACAUAGUAGCUACGAAACAAGCAAUUCCUCGCAUUAUAUGCGACUCUGCUCCCAUUAGCCAUGCGCUCUGCUUGGUCAUUUCUCCGCAUAACGCGAAACUUCACAAGUCGAGCAAGAUGCUCACGCCCGAGCAGCCCACGAACUCCAUGUCACCCUCGAGUCGCCGCCCAUAGCCUUCUCUCCUCCCCUCCCACAGCUCUCCCACUCCGCCGCACCACCCCACGAAUCCAAUCCACUAUCCACCAGCUCUCCCACUCGUUCUACACCUCCCGCCCCACCUCCUCCCGCCCCACCUACCGUCGCUUCAACGGCCGCCAAACCCGGCACGCGCCCCUCGUCGCGCUCUUCGUCCGCUGGGGCCAGCACCCGCACUUCUACCGGCACAUCUUCCUCCUCGCGGGCGGUCUGGGGGUCUUCUACGUGUCGAAUCUCGAGACGGUGCCGGUGACGGGGCGGCGGCGGUUUAACCUGGUGGGGCCGGAGCUGGAGGCGCGAUUCGCGGAGCAGAUGUAUGAGGAGGUGAUGGGAGAGUUUCGGGGGCAUAUCUUGAGUGAAUGGGAUCCGAGGGCGAGAAUGGUGCAGAGGGUAAUGGAUCGACUGAUUCCAAUGAGUGGGUUGGAAGGGCAGAAGUGGGAGGUGAAGGUGAUUGCCGCGGAGGAGCCGAAUGCGUUUGUGAUUCCGGGAGGCAAGGUCUUCGUCUUUACAGGCCUUCUCCCCAUCUGCGGGAACGAUGAUAGUCUCGCUGCCGUGCUCGGGCACGAGAUCGCCCACAAUGUCGCCCGGCACUCUGCGGAACGAAUGUCCCUAUUGUUCCCACUACUAGGUAUCAAUUUCAUAUUGAGCGCUAUCCUGGGCUUGCCACCAUUUCUAGGGAACGCCGCCAUCAACCUGGGUUUUGGUCUGCCAAGGAGUAGGGCCCAGGAGAGCGAGGCAGAUUACAUUGGCCUAAUGAUUAUGGCUCAAGCAUGCUACGACCCUGCCAUGGUCCCUUCACUCUGGACACGUAUGAGCCAGCUCAACAAAGGUAGCCCUCCGGAGCUCCUGUCCACCCAUCCGGCGAACGAGACGCGUUUCAAGAAGAUUCACCAAUGGCUGCCUGAAGCUCAGGAUAAGCGAGCCAUGUCGAAUUGCUAUGAGAGGUCUGAUCAGAUCCGAGAGUUUAUGAACAAGUUCCGAUACCCGGUUUGGUAGGCUGUGGAGGGUAUUGGUAGUUCCUGGUGUGUGAAUUGAAAUGUGUGAUAUUUGCAAGGCGUCCUGUAGGUGAAGGAGGAAACAUCCCCUUGAUGUUAUCUAGAAAUGAUAUGGUGGGAUAUAAAUCCCGGUUGUGUAUGCGUCCUGGACUUAGUUGGAUACGAUGUCCCUUCGCUGGAGCGUCGUUGCACAAACUUCAAGACACGCUUCCAAGAACAGUUUGGCUCUAUCACACAUUGCACACUGGCACAAAAGCUUAAAAUGACGGUAAAUGAAGGACGAAGACUUAUCGAUGUGAUGUGUAUAGGGCAAAGAAAGAUGAAUUAAGCAUAU